AUGCAAUCAGACUUGAUUCUUAUACACAUUCGGCUUUUCAACUUCCCCGUUCCAUACAUGCUGUCAGAGUUCGACUCAUUCGUCAACGAUGGGGCGACCAAUCCGAGUGAUGUAUCAAUCCGGAAUCCGGAUGUUCAAUCCGCUGGUGACGCGGGUGCAUCAAGUGCGGUCCCGCUGUUGGCACCGGGCAUCCCCGGUCCACGAGAUGAUGACUCGCGAGAAAAAGAUGUAAAGUUAAUCGAUUUCUGA